UUGUACGAGGCAAAUCUUGCGCUAAUUUCCCCACCGCGGAGGGAUGUGAAGCUUGGAGGGCUCUUUUUUCAGUGUCUUCGUCACCAUGGAAAGGCGUUAAUUUUGAACACGAGCGUAAUCGUGCUCCUUAUCGCGUACACGCUUAUCGGCGGCUUUAUUUUCCUUCAUUUUGAAUACAAUUAUGCUCAAUUUAUGAAGAUGAACGACACACUAACGAAGAAAGAAUGCAUUGAGAAACUGUUAAGGAGGGAUCGCAAUCUACGAUCAUCACAUGAGACAGAUUUCGCUCAUGUGAUUGCUGAAAAAUGUCUGACAGAAGUGCAAGCUGCCGAUCCACGUCUUGAAUGGUCCUUCAAAACGGCUGCCCUCUUCGGAUUCGGCAUUCUCACCACUCUUGGAUACGGAAAAGUUGAACCAAAAACAAUAAAUGGUCGUCUAUUCACUGUUAUUUAUGGCUUUAUUGGUAUUCCAAUGACAGUAAUUCUAUUAACGAAUAUCGGACGAUAUUUGGAACACGUAAUACUAAAAGUGAAACAGGUGUGCCAUUUAAAGGUUGGCGAUACUGAUAACGGCAAUUUUAGUGGAACAACACUAUUCUUUGUCAUGAUUCUUUAUCUGUUACUUGGUGCAUUGUUCAUUCCGUUGUUACACGGUGAACUCGACUUCUUCAACGGAAUUUAUUUUGCGUUCAUCUGUUUGACAGCCAUUGAAUAUGGUGAUCUUGUGCCUGACAAUAACUGGUUCAUACCUAUCGUCAUCGCCUACGUGUGUAUCGGAUUAGCCAUUUCAACAAUCGCAUUAGAUAUUGGAUCCUACUAUGUGAGAAAAAUGCAUUACAUUGGUAGACAGCUGAAAAACAUCGCCAACAUUCGAAUUUGGUUCGGUGCGAAGAGUUUACAAGUGAAAGAACUAGUCAGUGCUGUUGGUCAGAAUAUUGGAAUAAGUGAACACGCAAUGGCUGACAUCGAUCUGGAAACACUCGUCAAUUCGGCGAUACUAGUGAAACUCGGUCGGCUAACCCGCGUUCCACAAACGCACAUGAUUGUCGAUGGAAUUUGGCCACCUGAACUCGUACCACUCUUCAUUAAGGACGGAAAUUUUCCUAUGUUCGUUGAUUCAGAAGAGGAACUUCUUGAUGCGACACCGAAGAAAACAAUGGUUCGAUUUCAGGUAAUGAAUUCUGAUGUUGAGGACAUAACAAAUGCAGACAUUUCCCCCUUCAAUCAAUCUCGACUAUCUUCUGAUCCAACUGCUCCGAGUGCAAAGUCAAUUGCUCGAACGUCGUACGUACGUUCUCGUUCUUUGGAAUCCGAGCAAAGUCUUCAGAACAUCACUGUAGAUACAAUGAUCUGA